AUGGCCGCCCGUGUACGUACGUGGGUGCCCGCAGACGAGACAGUGGUGCUUGUUGAGGAUGUAACCGCACUGAAAAAGGCCGUGCAUGAUGAAAUGGAGCGGAUUGGCUGCGGCGUUCAUCACUAUCGCGUAAUUGCCAUUUUAGGGUGUGGGAAUGUGGCCGAUGCCGUCGAGAUUCUAGCAAUUGGCUACAUUUUGAUGGUGUAUGAAGAAGCAGAAGGGGCAGUGACUCCAUGGGAGGCCAGUCUUCUUACUGCUGCAGUAUUUGCUGGCAUGUUUGGUGGAGGUUUGCUGGGUGGCGUGGCAGGAGAUAUCUACGGUCGGAAACCGGUGCUACUAGCGACUUUAGCUAUCAAUGCCGUUGCAGCUUUUCUGUCGGCACUUUCGACAAGUGUCGCCUGGCUCAUUUUUUUUCGGACAUUGGCUGGCAUCGGUGUGGGUGGCGUCGUGGCUUCGCUCUUUGCCUUGUGUUUGGAACAUGUGCCAGUAUCAGCUCGAGGACGAUCGGUUACUGCUUUGUGCUCCUUCUGGAUGGUGGGUGCCGUGCUGACAGCAGGGACAGCUUGGAUCAUGCUGGGCACAUAUGCUAAUGGCGAUCGGAUCCUGUCCCUGUCGUGGCGCUGGUUCGCUGCGGUUGUUGCCCUGCCAUCGUUUAUGUGUUUCGUGCUAACGUGGCGGUACGUUCCCGAGAGUCCGCACUUUUUAGCGAGUAAAGGCGAUGCACAGGGAGCUACAUCCGUGCUGCAGUACAUUCAUGGUGCCAAUGGAAGUAGAAGGCAUAUCCAAAUUGAAUUUGCAAGCAGUGAGGAUGAUUAUGGGGAUGAGAAUGCCAAGGCAGCGCGGAAAAAGAAAGGUGAUUCUCACUUGUCGUUACAGGAGACAUUGGACGCAGAUGAUCCUGCAAGUAGGCGUCACGCCAUUUGCACUUGGGAUAGCCUUCGCGUCAUAGCGCGUCUGUUUGAGCGGUCGAAUGCUGGACCCACACUGCUGUUGAUGUUGUGUGGGUUCUCCUUGAGCUUUGGAUCGUAUGGUAUGUCGACGUGGAUUGCUAAGCUGUUCAAAAGUGCUGGUCUUGCAAACCCAUUCCAGAAUGCAUUUUUGUUUGCCGGCGCUAAUCUUCCGGGCAAUGUCUUCAGUUUGUACCUGAUAGAUAUUAUUGGCCACCAGCGCCUGCUAUCUGGUGCGCUCUUCAUGUCAGGCUUCUGUGCGCUAUUGUUCGCCUUCAACGUGGAAGGAUCCCAGACGGUCAUUGUCAUCGUCUCGUGUCUUUUUAACGCAUGUACUACUGCAGCGUGGAACGGGUUUGGAGUUUUGUCGACGGAAAACUUUCCGCAGGAGCUUCGUACGACAGGCAUCUCGAUGGUGAAUUGCUCCAAUCGAUUUGCCGCGGUCACAGCUCAGUUCGUCAAUGGUUAUCUGAUGGGUCCUCCACCUCACCUCGCAGCGCUGCUACUGGUCACAACCUUGGUAAUGGUGACGGGUGGCUUUGCCUCGCGCUGGAUUCCUCAUGGUGGAGAUGACGAUGUCGAUGCCAUAAGCGAGAGUGACUGGAACGGGCGUUUGAAAGUUAUUGCAGAUGCCUCGCCGUCGUUGCACGAUAGAAACGAGGGUGAGCAUGCAGGUCUGAUUCAACGUGACGUUCUUCUCCACGGCAAGCAGAUGUCGCCUUGA